AUGGCCUCCCCGUCUACCUCUUCUCUUCUCCUCUUGCUUCUUCUGUUUCUUGCUUACAGUGGCGCCAGGGCCGUGCCAUGGGACCGGUGGGAGAGGACCAUCCGAAUGCCGACGGAGAAGGGGGAGCUGGUUGAUGAUGAUGCUGCUGCUGCUGAUGAUAAAAAACUGGGUACCAGAUGGGCAGUUCUUGUAGCUGGUUCUUCUGGGUUUGGGAAUUACAGGCAUCAGGCGGAUAUCUGCCAUGCUUAUCAGCUGUUGAAGAAAGGGGGCUUGAAGGAUGAAAACAUUGUUGUGUUUAUGUACGAUGAUAUUGCUGGGAAUGUCCUGAAUCCGAGGCCUGGAAUCAUCAUCAACCACCCACAAGGACAGAAUGUUUACGUCGGCGUCCCCAAGGAUUACACUGGAGAGCAGGUCACUGCUCAGAAUCUAUAUGCUGUUCUUCUGGGCAACAAAACUGCUGUUACUGGAGGGAGUGGAAAAGUUGUAGACAGCAAACCAAAUGACCGGAUUUUUGUGUACUAUUCCGAUCAUGGAGGCCCUGGAGUACUUGGCAUGCCCAACUUGCCUUUUGUCUAUGCCAUGGACUUCAUUGAAGUGUUAAAGAAGAAGCAUGCUGCUAAGGGCUACAAAGAGAUGGUUAUCUAUGUAGAAGCAUGUGAGAGUGGGAGUAUAUUCGAGGGUGUAAUGCCAAAGGAUUUGAAUAUAUAUGUAACGACAGCAUCGAAUGCUGAAGAGAGUAGCUUCGGAACUUACUGUCCGGGAAUGCAGCCGCCUCCGCCGCCGGACUACAUGACUUGCUUAGGAGAUUUGUAUAGUGUUGCUUGGAUGGAAGAUAGUGAGACUCACAAUCUGAAGAGAGAAACAAUUGACCAACAAUAUGAGACUGUGAAGAAAAGAACAGCAAGUCCCAAUGAUUUGAAUGCAGGAUCUCAUGUAAUGGAAUAUGGAAACUCGAGCAUUAAAGCGGAGAGGUUGUACUUGUAUCAAGGAUUCGACCCUGCAUCGGUGAACUUGCCUCCUUACAAUGGCGGGCUUGAAAUGAAGACUAUGGAGACAAUUAACCAGAGAGAUGCAGACAUCUUCUUCCUGUGGCAAAUGUAUAGAAAAUUGGAAGAAGGAACAAACGAGAGAGCCGAAGUCCUCGAGGAAAUUAGGGAGACUAUUGCACACAGAGCUCACUUGGAUGGAAGCAUCAGAAUGAUUGGUUUUCUUCUGUUUGGACCAGAGAACGUUUCCAAUGUUAUUGAUCAUGUGAGAGCUUCUGGUUUGCCUCUUGUGGAUGAUUGGAAAUGUCUCAAGUCAAUGGUGAGAGUGUUGGAGGAGCAUUGUGGUUCACUGACCCAGUACGGAAUGAAACACAUGCGCGCAAUCGCAAACAUAUGCAACAAAGGGGUAUCAGAAGCAUCAAUGAGGGAAGCUUCAAUGGCGGCCUGUAAUGGACGGCGGAGAUACGGGGGGGUGUGGCAUCCUUCAAAUAAGGGUUACAGUGCUUGAUCUGAUCAAGGACACAAACCCAUACAAUACCAUACACCCUUUUGUACAAAAAUGUCGAACCAUUUUCAUAUUCUAUGAAUAAUCAUAAGGGACAGUCUUGCUCUGUAAUCUCUAUAA